ACACUUGAAAAGGCAAAUCAAAUAUUUAUCUCAUAUUACCCUUGAUAUCACUAAGCCUAGAUUAUUAUGCAAACGGAGUGAUGAAAAACAUCCUUUUAAUACUUACUACUGUUUUGUUUCAGAUUAUGGGCGGUUAAACGAAUGACGUCAUAGAUACAAGGCAACAUGAAGCACUUCAAACCAGAAAGAAGAAGUUGAUAAACCAAAUAUAAACACUAUGAAACGAACUGUACUAAAAUACAGUAAAACUAGAAAUGAUAGCAACAAACCUAAAAGGUUUGUGAUGCUCAGUUAAAAAGAUUUCAUUAUGACCGAAUGGAGUACUGAACCGACAUACAAUGACAAUUUCACAGAAAGCACAAACGCUUCUCGUCCACCAGACCCUAUCGAAGAUAAAGCUAUCCAAGCAAUUUUCUGCACGGCGUAUACUCUAAUCUUCAUUAUAGGAAUCUUCGGAAAUGCUCUCGUGUGUUAUGCUGUCAUUAGGAACCGAGCCAUGCAAACGGUCACUAAUCUCUUCAUCACGAACCUAGCUUUGUCAGACAUAUUACUAUGCGUAUUUGCUGUACCAUUUACUCCACUCUACACCUUCCUAGGCAGAUGGGUGUUUGGCGGUCUGCUAUGCCAUAUCAUGCCUUACGCUCAAGGCUGUAGCGUUUAUAUUUCCACUCUCACUUUAACUUCCAUAGCCAUAGAUAGAUUCUUUGUGAUAAUAUACCCAUUUAAACCGCGAAUGAAGAUAAACACCUGUAUUGCAUUGAUCAUUGGAAUAUGGGUGUUCGCUUUAACAGUAACAUUCCCAUAUGGCUACUAUAUGGGUUUAGAAUAUAAUCCAGAUGCCGAAGAAAGCGAGAAAGAUAAUGCUUAUUGCGUGGAGAAAUGGCCUUCAGAUCAAAUUCGGAAAGCAUUUGGCGCCAUUACGACUAUAAUGCAAUUUGUGUUACCUUUUACCAUCAUGGCGUUUUGUUAUACAUGCGUUAGUGUUAAAUUAAAUGAUAGGUUAAAAUCAAGGCCAGGGAGUAAGAAUAGUAAGAAGGAAGAUGCAGAAAGAGAAAGAAAAAGAAGAACGAAUAGAAUGUUAAUAGCAAUGGUAGCUAUCUUCGGUUUGUCUUGGCUACCGUUGAAUCUAACUAAUAUUAGCAGUGAUUUUUACUCAUUGACAGAGCAUUGGAGAUACUAUAUGGUAUUAUUCUUCUUUGCACAUUUCAUAGCAAUGUCUUCCACGUGCUAUAAUCCUUUUCUUUACGCUUGGUUGAAUGAUAACUUCCGGAAAGAGUUUAAGCAAAUUCUUCCCUGUUUGGCAGUUUUAGUUAAGAAGCCUAAAAGAAAGUGCAACGCAUCUGAGAGAACAGAUAUGUUUCGAUCCGAUAAGACUUGCAACGGUAACGAGAACACGAUACAAGAAUCUUUGUUGUCAACUGUAAAUAAAAUGCCUUCAGUUAAAUAUAAAAUUGAGUUCGAAGAUAAGAUGAAAGUGUAUGAGGACGAUGAAAAUAUAAGUCCUGAUGAGAAGCCGGAGGACAAUCCGAGUCCGAGUGAAGACUGUGUUAAUAUGUACAUGUUUGUAGAUAAAACUGUAACUACUUCGGAUAAGGAACCCAUCGUGUCAGCGUUGUAGCUCAAUGGUACCAACUACUUCUGGGCCCGUGAUUAUAUAGUUUGCGUUAAUUGUUAAAGUGUUUUAAGAAAGAAUCGUCUAGAAUUUUCGUGAUCGAUGUAAAUAUCUAAUGAAAAUAGACAAUUGUAGAAAACUUAAAUCGAAUUAAAUUUUAACGCCAGUGGAACAAUUUGUAUUUGUUGAGUAAUUUCUACAGCUAUCCACAUUUUAAAGGACAUACUGUUUUAAAAGUCUGAUUGACAUGUUCGACUUGGACCGUUUUAAUUAAUAAUAAUAUACAGAUUGAUCAAUGAGACGUGAGGGCCAACCUUAUAUAGUCAGUAAAUCAGUAUCUAUAUUUAAAUAAUAAUAUAACACUUUUUUCCUAUUUAUAACUUCAUUGGUAAGGACAAUUUUAAUUGAAUUGAAAUUUAUAUAUAUUUUUUUUUAUAUUAUUGGACAUUCUUACACAGAUUGACUAAGUCCCACAGUAAGCUCAAGAAGGCUUGUGUUGUGGGUUAGGGUGUUGCAUUUUUCCGAAUUUUCGAUUUUCAGCUGACUUUGCUCGAAUUCUUGUUCUAACUGAUAAAAAAAUAUUAUACGUUAAAAAAAUUUAAAAUCGGUCAACAUUUAGAGGUUGCACAUCAUCAACAAAGAUUUUUCAAAUAACCAACGACUCUACAUCGGAGGGUAGAAAAAUGGUUUCAACGGCUAUCAUCAAAGCGGAGAGUAGUCUGAUAUUGAACCUUCUACAUAUAAAUAAAUUUUAAAAUUAGCAGUAAACUUGGAUUUUUGUUACUUGAUAAAUGUUCUAAUUAAGAUUUUUCAGUUUUUCCACCUUUUUCCAAAGGAAAAGUUCGUUUAUCGUGUUUUAGACGCAAAAUUCAGUUUUCUCAUUCGAUUUUAGUAUCAGUUCAUUAUAUUUUAUCAUUUUAGAACAUAGUUCAUUUUCAGCCAAUGUAUGGGAUUCUCACUCUACCUUUUCAACUUGUGCAACCUCUAAACGUUAUUCGAUUCUUUUGAAAAUUGAAAUAGAUAGUUUUUAGUGUGGGGAGACUCCAUUGGUGAGCAAAAUCAGGAAAAAUAUUACAACUUUGUUUUCUCCAUACAAAAAUGAAUCACCCUAUUGUGGGUACUCAGACAACGAUAUAUGUAAUAUAUAAAUACUUAAAUACAUAGAAAACACCCAUGACUCAGGAACAAAUAUCUGUAUCAUCAUACAAAUAAAUGCCCUUACUGGGAUUCGAACCCAGGACCAUCGGCUUCGCAGGCAGGGUCACUACCCACUAGGCCAGACCGGUCGUCAUGAUUAUCUACAAUCAUGGCCACCCUACAACAUCUAAUUAAUAAAGCAAACCUCUUUAACCGUUAUGGCAGCACUUUGAUUGGUAUGCAGAAAACAUAAUUCACACUUGAAUGAGAUACGAUUUUCAAAAAGUAACCAGAGGACUAUAAUGACAUUCAAUUUGAGACAUUGUCAUGAAUAUAGCAAAAAGUAUCGGUAUUUGGAAGUAUUAUUGUAGGGUGUCCAUGUAUGCCGUACAUUAAAACUUUUUCUUUAUAUUCUAGUAAAAAGAACGUUAAUCUUACUGAUACUGAUACGAAAUAGUUGCUUAUAAUUUACUGAAUGCGCAGGGUUGAUACUGCUCACGUUUCAAUCACCCUGUAGUUAAUUUAAUGUGACCUAUUCUUUUUAAAAACAGAAUGAAAACUGAUGUAGAAUUCGAACUCAACGAUAUUGCUUUUAUUGUUCCGGAAAUUAAACUAUUGAAAAUGGCAUCUGAGUUUCGCUGUGAGGUGCAUUGGAAUGAUUCGGAAAGAUAGAUUUUCUGAAAAUCUUAUUUGAAAUAAUAAAAACGAAAGAAGUCCUUGGACUUCGGAAAAAUGACGUUCAGUUCCAUUCCAGAAAACUUAUCUUUGGAAAUGAUACCAAUGCAACAGAUCUUUUUCUAAUAAGAUAGCUACUCAGCGUAGCCUAUAUUUGUAUGUCAUACUAAACUGAAUUUAGUCGAUCUGGAAACAACCCCAAAUCGCUUAAAAAAUUGGCUGUUUCAUUUCAGCGGACCGUUGCGAAUAUUACCUAUACAUUUACUACUAGUAGGUAGGCACGUUGAUUGUUUUAUAACUUUUUUUGUUGGUAUAUUUUUCCAUUAGAGUCCAUCUAGAUAAUUUUGCAUCGACUUGAAUAGAUCAGUGAGACAGUGCCAUUACUUAUAAUUGUCAUUGUAUCAUACAAAUUUAACAUUAAUGAUAACACUUUGUCAUUGCAAAUGGCAUGCAUCAGCAAGCUUGGCCCAACCCCAGUCCCAUGACUUCCACGCUUCAAAUGAUUUACAUUUACUAAUAAAAUUACCUUACUGACAGACCGUAAAUGAAACAUCAUACCGUCGGGUGACAAGCAAAAGUCACUAACUAACACCAUUGAUUAUUAUUGGACAAUAAACCGUGUUACAAGUGUAAUAAAGUGCAUUGUUACUUUAAUUUUUUGAAAAUACUUAGUGACUUUUACUUGUCACCCGACGAUUACGUUGAACAUCAAUUGUGAUGUUUAUAAUAAUUAAUAUCAUUAUUUAAAACACAUGUUUAAGCUUGUUAGUAGUAAAACUGCGAUGUUGUUCCGUUUUAGAUAAAUACUGUAAUAGUAUACGAACGUUGUAAAUAAAUUAGAUUAUAAUUAGUUUCAUGUACAUACAUACUUUAUUGUGAUAAAAAAAGUGUUUACAUCAAUUAAUUCCUAAAGGAAUUAUGAGCCCAUUGAUAGAAACACUUUUUAAUAAGCUGUGUAAAUUAUUAUUAAGAACUUGUAUUGUAUGUUUAGGUUAACGAAUGCUGCCUAAAUUAAGGAUAUUUUUUUAAUUAUUAAUGUAUAUGAUACGAAAUUAGGCCUUGUACUAAAUGUCAAUGGAAAAAUGUGCAAUUCGUUGUCAAUCUGUCAAUAAACUAUACCAAAGGA